AUGCCGACUGAUCACGGCAGCAGCAGCGACGGCGGCCACCAGGCGCAAUGCCGGCGGAGGGGCGCCAGCGUCGACGUCGAGCUCCGCGCCGCCAUGGCGCUGGCCGACAUGGCGGGGGCCGGGGCCGGGGCGGCCGCCGACCACGCGCUCCCGGCGCAGCGCCUGCGCCACGCCGCCGCCCCAGCGGCCCAGGCGGCGAUGGAGCAGGAGGACGAGGAGCUGGCGAGCACGAGGCUGAGCCUUGAGCUGGGCAACGUCGGCAUCCAGUCCUCCCCUUGCUCCAGCAGCUCCAGCGGCGCCGGGCAGCAACCGCCGCAGUCGUCGGCGGCCGUGACGGGAUACGGCCUCAGCAGACCGCGGCACAUGCUCACCGAGGCGGAGAAGGAGGCGAAGCGGCUGCGGCGCGUGCUCGCGAACCGGGAGUCCGCCCGGCAAACCAUCCUCCGCCGCCAGGCGAUCCGGGACGAACUGGCGAGGAAAGUCGCGGAUUUAGCGUCGCAGAACGAGAACAUGAAGAAGGAGAAGGACAAGGUGCUGGAACAGUACCUCACGCUCAAGGAGACGAACAAGCAGCUGAAACAACAGGUGGCCAAGACGACCAAGAAGAAGCCGUCGUCUACACCAGCGAUCACGCCCAUGGACAUCGCGCCGCCGGCACAGAGCGCGGAGGCCACCCCGCCACAGACGCCGCCGCAGCCAAGCUUCCUGUACAGCGCGCCGCCGACGUCCAUGCCUGUGCCCUACGUCUGGGGCUCCUGGCCCCCGUGCGGGCCGGGGGUGUACGAGCAUGGCGGCAACCCGGCUGGCAUGGCGGGACACGCUCCGCCCCCGCUCUGCGUCCCGCCGGCCUGCGCGUGGUACUACCCCGUCGUCGCCGCUGCCCGCGGCUCGCCCCCGGCCUACGUGCAGCCGUUCCAGGAGCCGACAGGCAGUGGCGGGACGGCCGGGGAGGACACCGACGACGACCCUUGCUCGCUGACCCUCGCCAUCGAUGCUGCCGACAAGAAGAGCCCCGCCGCCUGUCCCAACGCUUACCAAAGUGGCAGCGGCGUGGUGGGGGCAGUGGGGCUGCAGGUCGCGCUUAGCGGCAGAGAGAAGGCGGCGACGGCGGCGGAGGCGAGGAAGAGGCGGAAGGAGCUCACCAAGCUGAAGCAGAUGCACGCCGGAAGCCGCUAUGGCGCUGGCGAGCACUGGUGA